AUGCCCACCAUAUACUCCUCCCUAUACUCGAAUUUCGUCCGUCAAGGAUCAACAUUCGCAAAGUCGAUCACAACACACGGUUACGCCCAAUCCGUUGUUGCGGCCGCCCAUCCUCACGUCCUCAGCUCACAAAACCGACCAGUUUUCGUACGACGAAAGACCAACCGACUUGGUCGCUUCUCUAACCUCCAGCUUCACUCUGCCUUUCACACCGAGCGCACAGCAUCUUCGGGCCUUCCGUCCGUAGAGUACCGCCCCGGCCAAAAUCAUGGAGGUUUAGACGCGUAUUUCGAGGCUCUGCAAGACCAGCACUCCGCUGGUGAAGUCGACCCCGAAUGGACCCAAUUCGACUUUCAGAAGAGUAUUGAGUGGAAGCCAAGCGCGGCCUCCAUUCUUACCAAGGACCAGGCAACCGCUCAAGAUGUUAUUGAGCAGGCUUUGAUUGAGGACGCUGAGGUCAAAUCGAACCUGUCUAUUGAGGAUCAGGCAGCUCUCGCGCAUAUCGAUGCUGCCCUUGAGAGGGAGCUUGAGGUUCGGAGUCUACAGGAGGCAGCUGAGAAUGCUGUAGCCGAAGGACGACCGGUCUCUAGUCUUGGCUUCAAGCCACGAUCUCCAGUGGUUUCAAGGACACAGACGCCAGGCAGUGUUGCUCGCAGCGAUGUCCCAUCAGUUGAUCCUCAAUCGCUGUCCUAUGCUGGACACCUUCACAAGCUCGCCGAGAAUGGCCGCUAUGUUGAGAUUCCUGCCGUUUUCGAGGCCAUGCUGGCUACUGGCGUUCAACCGAUCGCUGGUGCCUACAAUGCUCUCUUGCUGGCGGCUAUUCACAUCCCCAUGAAGAAGAUCGAGAUCGUCUCCAAGUCUCUCGAUGUUUACGCUGAUAUGCUCCGGAGGAAGGUUUCGCCAGAUGCUGACACUUUUAACAUUCUUGUUGGUCUUCUGGCAUCCCGAUGUCUCGAGGUUGCUGAGCUCAAGGCUGCUUUGGAGGACAAGAGAGUACGAUUUGGUGGUAUGGAUGAGCCUGGCAAGUUUAUGCUUGCAUCUCACGAGCUUGAGCAUGCCAUUCUCUGCGAGGACGAUCGUCUUGAUCUUGCCGUCCAGCUGUUUGAUACAUCGGUUGAUACCAAUGCUGCCGAGUACUCUGCUGAGACUUAUCAUCAAUUAAUCACCGCUUGUGCCAAGGAUGGACGCGUCGCUGACAUGCUGCGUCUUUUCGAGCAUAUGGAGGCUAGUCAGAUCAUCCCCUUCGCCGCCGUUUUUCCUACUAUGAUCACUGCAUUCGCCUCUUCUGGAGACCUGAUCAGUGCUGUUGAAUGCUACAACGAAUACCGCAACCUGGCUAUCGCUCACGACGUUGGACAAACGACGCUUAACGACCGUCUUGAUGCCGAGGUAUACGCGGCAGUAAUCAACGCUUAUGUGGUUACUGACAAGAUCGAGGGUGCCAUGAAGUUCUUCAAGAAGAUCGUUGACGAGUAUGGUGUUCGCGCUGCUGACAUCAAGGAUGCUUUGGUCACGACUGGCUUUGUCAAGGGCUUUAUCACCCGUGGCAUCUAUCAGGAGGCUUUCCAUUGGGCCCAGUCUGUCGAGGCCGAAUCUCGUGCCAAGGCUAUGGGCGAGAUUGCUACCAUCGCUGCUGAUAAGGACGACAAGGACACCGCUGUUGCGGCCUACAAUGGUAUGCCUUCUUAUGCCGAUGAUUUGAUCACCCCUGCGACUGCUCUUCUCGCCAUGAGCAUUCGCGAGGGUGAUGUUGCGAGUGCCUCCAGGUAUUGGCAAACCUUGUGCAACCCCGAGGUCCAGGCAACUAUUUCUUUCGUCGAGCCUACAGCCAUGUAUGCCGUUGCAUUGAUUGGUUCUGGUCAGGUUGCCGAGGGACUGGCUCAGUCUGAGAUGAUGUUCCAGCGAAUUCGUGGAUCUGUCUCUGACGCUGAACUUCAUCUCAUUGAAGAGGUUGAUGAGGGUGCCGAAUUCAUUUCUCGGUACAUGGAAACUCGUGGAAUUGCUAAUCCUCGCGAGAUCGCUUCCCAAGUCCAUAACUUCCCCCAACAACCCGUGACUAGCUCGCCUUUUGUCUCGACUCCUGUUGUUUCUACCUUUGAGGAUACUUACGACCCUUACGCCCACAGCACCGACUUCAAGGGCUCUUCCCUGAUUGCCGACGAUCUUGAGGGAAGCCAUGGUCGCAAAGGUCCUCGUCUUAGUGAGGCACUGAACCGUUUCCGAAACAUGCGACGUGCCGGCCGACAUCCUCGUUACAUUACCUACGCCAAGCUUAUCUCUGCUGCUGCUCGUGAUGGCAAAUUCGAUUUGUGCCACGACAUCCUCUCUAUGGCCCGCACCGAUAUGCCUAUCAUGCCCCAGUACGCUAUUAUCCGUUAUGGAUGGUCCAGCAUUCUCGACGCUAUGAUCGGCGCUUGCCUCACUGUGGGUAACCGCGGACGAGCUGAGCAGUUCCACUUGGAGCUGUUGGAGAUGGGUGCUAGUCCAUCUGCGAACACUUUUGGUCUCUACAUCACCACUCUCAAGGAUUCAACCAAGACUUUCGACGAGGCUUCUGAGGCUGUCCGCAUUUUCCAUCGGGCUAAGGCCGAGGGAGUUGAGCCCAGCUCUUUCUUGUACAAUGCUCUUAUUGGUAAGCUAGGAAAGGCACGCCGCAUCGACGACUGUCUCUUCUACUUUGCCGAAAUGAGAGCACUUGGAAUCAAGCCUACCUCGGUGACCUACGGUACUAUUGUCAACGCCCUUUGUCGAGUCAGUGAUGAGAAGUUUGCCGAAACCCUGUUCGAUGAGAUGGAGGCCAUGCCCAACUACAAGGCUCGUCCCGCUCCUUACAACAGCAUGAUGCAAUUCUUCUUGACCACUAAGCGCGAUAAGUCAAAGGUUCUGGCUUACUAUGAACGCAUGAAGGCUAAGGGCAUUGCCCCAACUGCCCACACCUACAAGCUUCUUGUCGAUACUCACGCCACUCUGGAUCCCGUUGACAUGGAAGCUGCUGAAGAGGUUCUGGGCAUGAUUCGUGCCUCAGGCCAGCGUGUUGAGCCAGUCCAUUACGCUUCUUUGAUCCAUGCAAGGGGAUGUGUUCUGCACGACAUGGAGGGUGCCAUGAAGAUGUUCGAUUCGGUCGUUAAGGAGUCUCUUGUUCCCAUCAGUGCCAGCCUGUACCAAGCUCUUUUUGAGGCGAUGGUUGCCAACCAUCAGGUUGCUGCUUCCGAGCCAGUGCUUGCACACAUGCGAAGCAACGGUGUGGGAAUGACCCCUUAUAUCGCCAACACUCUGAUUCACGGCUGGGCCGCUGAGAAGAAGAUCGACAAGGCUCAGGGCAUCUACGACGCCGUCGGCCGAGAGAAGCGCGAGCCUAGUACAUACGAGGCUAUGACUCGGGCUUUCUUGGCUGUUGAGCAACGGGAACAAGCCAAGGGUGUUGUUGGUGAGAUGCUUACUCGCGGCUACCCCAGUGCUGUUGUCAACAAGGUGCUCGAACUUCUUGGUGGAGGACAUGAUUCUGCUUAA